AUGGAAUUCAUUGAAACAAUAUUUUCACCGAGGUUAAACAAGAAAUGUGUCUUUUCUUUCUCCUCCUCAGUUCCGCUUUCGGCUCCUAAGAACCUGCGCGUGUCAGAGGAAUGGUACAACCGCUUCAGGAUCAGCUGGGAUGUUCCACCUUCACCCACCAUGGGCUACAGAGUCGUCUACCAGCCCCUCUCAGGCCCCGGACGGGCCCUGGAGACCUUCGUGGGGGAGGACGUGAACACCAUGCUGAUCGUCAACCUGCUGAGCGGGACGGACUACAGCGUCAAGGUGAUCGCGUCCUACACCACCGGAUCCAGCGAGGCCCUGUCAGGGAGAGCCAAGACCUUGUACCUGGGGGUGACCAACCUGAGCACCUACCAGGUGAGGAUGAACAGUUUGUGCAUCCAGUGGCAGCCUCACCGACACGCCAACGCCUACAGAGUGGCCCUGGAGUCGCUGGUCGGUGAGUACAUUAAAAUACCCGUCCCGACUCCGGCGCCGACCAAACCCCCCACCACCACCCCGCUACCCACAAUCCCGCCUGCCAAGGAAGUUUGUAAGGCAGCCAAAGCCGACCUGGUGUUCCUGGUCGACGGUUCCUGGAGCAUCGGCGAUGACAACUUCCUGAAGAUCAUCCGUUUCCUCUACAGCACCACCGGAGCUCUGGACCGGAUCGGCCCAGACGGCACUCAGGUGGCGAUUGUCCAGUUCAGCGAUGACGCCCGCACGGAGUUCAAACUGAACUCGUACAACGACAAGGAGCGUCUGCUGGACGCCAUCAACAAGAUCACCUACAAGGGAGGAAACACCAAGACAGGUCGAGCCAUCCAGCACGUAAAGGAGAACAUCUUCACAGCCGAGGGAGGAGUCCGGAGAGGAAUCCCCAACGUCCUCGUGGUUCUUACCGAUGGCCGGUCGCAGGACGACGUCAACAAAGUUUCCAAAGAGAUGCAGAUGGAAGGCUACAUUGUGUUCGCCAUCGGCUUCGCUGAUGCCGACUAUGGAGAGCUGGUGAGCAUCGCCAGCAAACCCAGCGACAGACACGUCUUCUUCGUGGACGACCUGGACGCCUUCAAGAAGAUCGAAGAGAAGCUGGUGACCUUCGUGUGCGAAGCCGCCACUGCCACUUGUCCAUCUGUACCAAUGAGCGGCAGCACAACUCCAGGCUUCCGUAUGAUGGAGCUGUUUGGCCUCGUGGAGAAUCGGUACAGCAGCGUCUCCGGCGUUUCCAUGGUCCCUGGCACCUUCAACGCUUUCCCCUGUUUCCACCUGCACAGCAACGCUCUGCUGGCACAGCCAACCCGGUACAUCCAUCCUGAGGGGCUGCCCUCCGACUACACCAUCACCCUGCUGUUCAGACUGCUGGCCAACACUCCUGAGGAACCCUUUGCCCUCUGGGAAAUCCUCAACAAGAACAACGAGCCACUGGUGGGAGUCAUCGUGGACAACGGAGGAAAAACGCUGACGUUCUUUAACAACGACUACAAAGGAGAUUUUCAGACGGUCACCUUCGAAGGACCAGAAGUCAAAAAACUCUUCUACGGCAGCUUCCAUAAGCUUCACAUCGCGAUCAGCAAGACGAGCGCCAAAGUGUUCAUCGACUGCAAGAUGGUGGCCGAGAAAAACAUCAACGCGGCGGGAAACAUCACCACCGACGGACUGGAAGUUCUGGGCAGGAUGGUUCGCUCCAGAGGGAACAAGGACAACUCUGCACCGUUCCAGCUCCAGAACUUUGACAUUGUCUGCAGCACUUCGUGGGCCAACAGAGACAAGUGCUGUGAGCUUCCUGGUCUGAGGAAGGAGGUCGACUGCCCAGCCUUGCCCAAAGCCUGCACCUGCACCCAGGACAGCAAAGGCCCCCAAGGCCCUGCUGGAGUACCAGGAGGCCCAGGAAUCAGAGGAGCCAGAGGUGAUCGCGGAGAGCCGGGCCCCGUGGGCCCGACCGGUCCAGCUGGUGAAACAGGUGUACCAGGACCUCAGGGGCCGCCGGGGCCUCAAGGACCCAGCGGACGCUCCAUCAUUGGACCUCCGGGCUCUCCAGGUGAGAGGGGGCAGAAAGGUGAGGCUGGACAACAAGGGUCACAGGGAAUUGCUGGUCGAACCGGAGCUCCAGGGAGAGAAGGACCUCCAGGACCCAGAGGACAGCCAGGCAAAGACGGACCCCCGGGCAGACAAGGCCCAUCAGGAACGAUCGGGACUCCAGGAGCCCCGGGAGCACCUGGAACAACAGGUUCUCCAGGAAAACAGGGAGAACUGGGACCACCGGGUCUUCCUGGAACCAAAGGAGAGAAAGGUGAAAGGGGUGACCUCCAGUCGACAGCAUCAGUUCAGGCCAUCGCCAGGCAGGUCUGUGAGCAGCUGAUCCAAAGCCACAUGCAACGCUACAACUCCAUCCUGAACCAAGCACCCAGUCCGCCAGUGUCCAUCCGCACAGUUCCCGGACCACCCGGAGAACCCGGCCGACAGGGAACCCCGGGUACUCAGGGAGAACAAGGACCCCCAGGACGACCUGGCUUCCCAGGACAGAACGGACAGAACGGGCAACCAGGAGAGAGAGGUCAACCAGGAGAGAAGGGUGACAAGGGAUCUCCGGGAGUCGGUGUCCAAGGACCCCGAGGACCCCCAGGACCCCCUGGUGCCCAAGGACAAGGCCGACCCGGCAGCCAGGGUCCAACAGGUCGACCCGGGAACCCUGGAGCUUCUGGUCGGCCCGGAGUCCCUGGACCUGUCGGCCCCACAGGACCUCCAGGAUACUGCGACCAGAACUCCUGCGUGGGCUACAAUGUCGGAGAAGGCGAGGAUGUCACUCACGGCGGCGCUAUCCCCGCAGUCCAACUGCCGUCCAACGUCUUCCAGAACUACGGCGAGGUCGAGGAGGACGACCCAUACCGCUACUACCAGCCCAACUACCCGGCACCUCGACCCGUGUCACCCGAUGACCCCGCGCUCGCCCUCGAUAACGUCGAGCUGAGGUCCCCCGGCGUCCACCGCAGCUCCCGGAGUGUGGACGUGGAGGGCGAGGAAACCGGGUCGAAGAGGAGGCUAAAGAGAGAAGCCAAGGCGCUGCCUGGACUAACUAACUGAGAGCAGGUGAUUGGAGGACGGAGGGCCGCUCGCUGUUUCUGAUUGGGCGGCUUGGAGCAGUUAUGGACUAAUCAACAAGUGCCUGAUGUAGAGGAUUUCUUAUGGACAUUGUAGAAGGGGCGGGGUGGGGUAUCAGGUUGGGACUAUUUUAACUCAUCUAUGCUAUUGAAUUAACUUCAAGAAAACAGUUUUAUGUUGUUUUAUUUGUUUUUGUCUCAGUCAAGUAGAGGCAACUUUCCACGGCAGGAACUUUAGGCCGCCGGAGGCGGUGCCAACAUUUACUGGAUUGCCCUCCCUUUUUGAGUCUCUCUGAUUCCAUUGCGGUGUCGGAUCCAACAGCUUCAACCACAACAAUUAGCUCUGAGUGCACCAAGCCAACGGAAAAAUAUUUACUGGAUGUAACUCCAGCUUGUACGUACAAACGUAGUAACACGAUGUUGAUGGUGAUGUUUGAGGCUCCUCGACAAAACAUCGAAACAACUAACCAAUCAGCGUUGAGAUCUGCACAGCGGUUUUUCAGGACCUCGUGGAAAUAUUUAUCCUUGAUUGGGUACUUUUUUGUUCUCCAAAGAAGCGCCCUGAAAUAGGCUCUACACGAGUGUUUGUUGUGGUCGGAACAUCCACAAAGAUUCGCCCUAAAAAAUCUCGCAAGUUCCUGCAGUGGAAAGUGGCCUAAAAUUGUUUAAAAAUGAUUUGCGGUCUGUUAAGAGUUUGUCCCGUUGCUGUGGUCAGAUUUAACUUUCUAAAACAAGUCGUUUGUCGGAGAAACGUGCUGUUUUCAGACUCUAGUUCCUGUUUGGUUUCAGGUUUUAGUUUCUAAUCUGGUUGGUUAAGUGCCUCCUCACGGUCCACCGAGUACAACCACCUCCUUGUUACCUGAACUUGUCCAUGAAGGUUCCACGGAGAACUCCUGAGCAUCGCUUAUCUUUGAACGCCUAUUAGUGUCAGCAGGUUUUUUUAUUCAAUCAUUUACUUUUCCGACAGGAAAAAAUAAAGGUACUGAUUUGAUGAGUUAUAAAAUCUACAUUUGUUUUAAAAUCCAUAUAAUCUGUUAUUGCGUCGUUCCUGUUUUGCAUCAGGGUUGUGUGACUAUUACCUCCAGUUCUUUGUUUCAACAGCUCCCAAACUCUGCAACCAGACAGUUUCCUGCUCCAGAACAAUUAUUUAUGUAAAAUCUUGCAUGUUUUUUUUUUUUUUUUUAAUUUACCACAUGAUGUAUCAUUUUUUUUAAUCACAUAGAGCCAUACACAUAAAGAUUAUCUUGUUUUUUCUUCAGACUUUCAGUUAUUGCUACAGUGUUAAACUCAAACUGACAUUGCUCUGCGUUUGAGAAGACUGACAAAAGAGACGAAAAAGUUGUAAAAACCAGACAAUAAUAGUUUGCUGUUCGAGAGAGAUUAUAUUUCCGUAUACAUGUGUGUUGGUUCUGCUGGUGGAAUCUGUCGAUCUCGUAGUGAGCGAUAAGUUUAAUAAGUCGGUGAGGCAGAAAUUUCACAAAGAUCAGUUGAGAAAAAUGAGUUCUUUUUUAAAGACUGAGAGCUGUUUCCCACUCUGUGUUUUUUUUUAUUUUUAUUAUUAAUAUUUAAUUUCUUUCUGUUUUUGAAUUUUGACUCCCAACACCUCCUGCCUCCUCCUCAUCAUUAAGAUAUUUGGAGCUAAAAUUGAUGCCAUCUGUUCCGGGACAAAACACUCUGAUUUUUCUUAUUAGAUGCAGGAACCAGAGACUGAUUUGAUAACAGAAACACAACAGCUCGCUCUGCUUGAAGUUGAAAUGAGUUUGAAUUCAUUUGUGUUUGAUUUUUUUUUUUUUCUUUUUUUUUUU